UGCCAACUUACGCUUUUAUAUAUUUUCAAUUCAAAAACACGCUUUUCCCUUUUUAUCCUUUACCCUUUGGGUCGGUCUGUCUGUGCGGUUGCAGAGAAACAGUCAGCAGUCAGUAGUCUGUGGCGCCUCCGUCUUCCCCAAAAACACCGCCACCGCAAUUAUGAACCCACCGGAGUUCUUCUCCGGCGGCGGAUUCGACGGCGCCGAUAACCGCCCUUCGCCGCGGAAGGAGCUGCAGGGCCCACGCCCCAGCGCCCUCAAAGUCAACAAAGACUCUUACAAGAUCCGGAAGCCGCCCGUCGCGCCGCAGCCCCACCACCGCCCGCCGCCGGAGGCGGCUCGCCCCCCGCCGCCCGAGGAGCGGAAGCCGGUAAUAAUCUACGCCGUGUCCCCGAAAGUCAUCCACACCACCGUCAGCGAUUUCAUGAACUUGGUCCAGCGCCUCACCGGCAACACCUCCAACAGCGGCGGCGCCUCCGCCUCCACAUCCCGGCCGGGAGACCUCUCUCCGGCGGCCAGACUGGCUUCGAUAGAGCGGACGAGCCCUCCGAAGGACAGAGAGAGAGAAACCGCCGCCGCCGCCGCCGCUGCCGACAUAGCCGACCACGACUUCGUCGGCGAUUUGCUCGAAGAUGCGCAGGUGGAGGUGGGGAGAACUCCCGGAAUCCUCUCUCCGGCUCCGGGGAGCCUGCCGGCGAUUCCGUCGGGAUUCUUCUCGCCGGUGGGGCCCGACCCGUUUUUAAUGGGUUACGGUAACAUGUUCAUACCCAGCCCGUCGACCCUGUUUUCUGCCCCGAUGGUGUCGCCCUCACCCACUUCUUGUGAUCUUUUCAACCCAUUUUUUGACUUUUAAGUAAUUUUUUUGCAGUGUAUUUUUAAUUUAAACUGUAGUUGAAUUUGUUCUGCCAAAUGGGCUUCGAGUAGAUUUCACUAAUUUAUUAGUAAUAAUUACAUUUUGUACUUGUAAUCUGUAAUUUUAGUUGGAGUUACGAACAAAUGAGCCUCUUUCAAUAUUAA